AAUCGAUGUUUUUUAUAGUAGUGAACUAAAUAUUAAAUUUAUGAUAUACAUUAAAGGGUAGCUCGCAGACUGGCCUUGUGGCCUUCGCGCCGACACACAAAGUCCUCUAUCCUUCUUGGCUGUGACAGACCCGUGCAGGGCAAUUUACAUAGUUAUUUAUAUUUGAUUGUCUAUACUGCUUGUUAAUUUCAAACCAGCCGACGGCAUCACAUCGGAAGUAUGACAAACGCCAGCCUACAGCGGCCAACUCCCCUUACAGGCUGCGCAAAUGGUGAUGCCAGCACUAGCGGAAGGUCACACGCAGUAACUGCCUUCCAACAACGCCGCCGCCAAGUUCAUGCCAGGCAAGGAUGGGCAGCAUCUACAUUCCUCGUCUUUCGCAAUCGUGAAGCUCGCGCCACGGCCUUGGUGUGUCGGAGCAUAGCAGACGGCCACGACGUGAACCGCUUGAAAGACUGCAACGUGCCUGAACUGGAGACGUUCCUCCGGACAUAUCGAGAACGGAAUCAGACCCCUUCGUCAAGCCCCGGGGAGGUCUUCCUGGUGGGAACGGGACCCGGCGACCCGGGACUCCUAACGCUGCGCGCAGCCCAGCUAAUGGCCUCGGCCGAUGUCGUACUGUACGACCGCUUGGUUUCGGAUGAGAUUCUGCAGUUGGUAAACCCCGCCGCGCGGAUGGUGUAUGUGGGCAAGACGGCUGGCUACCACACACGGCGACAGGAGGAGAUUCACGAACUCCUGCUGGCCUUUGCGGAGGCGGGUGCACUGGUAGUCCGGCUCAAAGGCGGGGACCCCUAUGUGUUUGGUCGUGGUGGUGAGGAGGUGCAGUACCUGACUUCGCGGGGCAUCCGCGUGCAUUGCGUACCUGGCAUCACCGCAGCGGCAGGAAUUUGUGCAGAGUUGGGCAUUCCCCUGACGCAUCGCGGUGUGGCCACCUCUGCUCGCUUCCUCACGGGCCACUCGAGGGAGGGCAGCGAGGAGGCGCUGGAUGAGUCAGUGGCGCUGGCAGCGGAUCCCCACACCACCCUCAUUGUGUACAUGGGCCUCCAGACCCUGGCCAAGCUGACUCAGCAACUCCUAACCGCCGGCAUGUCGCCCGACACGCCUGCGGUUGCCGUGGAGCGCGGUACGACAGUCCACCGCCGCGUGGUGUACGGCACGGUAUCGGAGCUGCAUUCACUAGCUUCAGCUGCAGGUCUACGCACGCCCACUCUCAUUCUGUUGGGUCGUGUGGUGGGUUUGAGCCCGGGAUGGCAAGCUUGGAGUGAAGGCGGGCGCCCGUUGGAGUGGAACGAGGCUAGCAGCUACCCGCCCUUGAAGCUACAGUUGGGGGUGGACUUGACGCCGCCGGAGAAGGGCACUGGGGUGUCGGGGCUGGGGCGCGGAGAUGUGGCUGUGGGGGGGGCCGGGGUGGGCAGGGAAGCGGGGCAGAGGCCGUUGUUGGGGGUAUAG